GGGACCUAUCGGCGGCGCCGGCCUUGGCAGCCAAUCGUCUCGCCGCGUCUUUGGGCGCGUUGCCGUUGUUACCGCGCGACGCGGUGCCCCGCCGAGCGGCGCCGCCAUGUUGGGCCCGAGAGGAAAGCGGCGCUUGUCCGUGUUGAGAUACCCGUUGAGGGCCGUUCGCAGCCGCAAGGUGAGCGUCGCAGGCAGCAGAGCAGCACUGAGCGGCCACACAGCGGGACAGCGGGCAGCACAGAACAGGGAGCGAGAUGUGAGGGUUUUUGAUGACGAAGGAAACGAUGUGACACCCCGUCCACUCUUCCAUCCAGAUCCAAAAACUGCUGCAUCCAAACAAAGCAAGCUCCUGGCAUCGACCGAUCACUCGGGGGCCACAGGGACAUGUGGAAGCAGCACAAUUUCUGAAUCAACCAUGUCAGUAGCAGAGUCCACGCUAGAUGGAAUAGCAGAACCUGGCUCCCAGCAAGAUACUGCUGUUAGCUUACCUGAUGUACAGGUGAGGCAAGAGGAGAUAAAAGAACAACUGACAGAAGAAGACUUAGACAAGAGAGUGGAUAUUUAUCUCACAGAGACAGAAACUCUCUGGAUGUUGGACUUGUCACCUCUUCUGAUGUCUGUAGAAUCAGAAGAUGCUGCAAGAGUUGAGGAGCGUAAUAAGAUUUAUGCUGAGGUUUGCAAAAACAGACCUGGUAACGAUCGCUUUGUAGAGAGAAUGAUGCAAACUGUUAAUGGAGCUGCAAAGAACAAGAAAAUACAGUGUGACAAAAUCAUCAUGGAAGAUAAAGGGAUAGUGGUCACUUCUUGGGACUUCUACAAUUCUUGUAACGCAUCACAAGUAGAACCUACCUCAGAAGCAGAAGGCAGCGGAGCCCCAGAUGAGAAGCGGAGCACUUCUAGUAUGACUGAAGAGCAGGCUACGCCUGCAGCUGCUGAGGGAGGCAGCAUAACUUCUACGACCACUUUGGAAAGUGCUGGUCUUGCCAGAGCCCACCAGGAGGAGAAAUGCCACACGGAGGCUACAUUAAGAUCAGAAAACUUUCAGCAGAAUUUAUUUUUCAUGGAGAGGAUUCUGAUGGAGAAUAUUUUUCAACCCCAACUUGCAGUUUAUCGACAGAUUCCUGUCCUUAUAGAUCCUGCUGUCACAUCAGGGGCUGACAGCACAUUAGAUGCUAUAAAUGAAGCUGAGCAGGAAGAGCAUGACAAGGAGAAGAUGGAUAAGGAAGAGCAGAAGGAAACACUUACUGACCCCUCAAUUCUAUCAGAGCUAAAUGAAACCUCAGAAGAUAUGGUAUCUCCCAGUUUGGAACAACUGUGGUGCUAUAGAUGUGAUUUAACUCACCAGCACAAUGUGAGCAGCAUGGCUUGGAGCAAAGUAAACCUGGAUCUUUUAGCUGUUGGUUAUGGAGCGUUUGAUUUUAAAGAACAGAAGGAAGGCUUGGCAUGCUGCUGGUCGCUGAAGAACCCAAUGUGGCCAGAGCGUACUUUCCAAUGUGAGCAUGAUGUUACUACACUGGAUUUUUCUAUGGCAAUCCCGAACCUUUUAGCAGUUGGGAUGUACAGUGGUAUCAUCGUGGUCUACAACGUACAGAGUUCUGACUCCACUACAGUUUUCCACAGUGGGGAAUGUCCUGCUAAACAUACAGGUCCUGUAUGGCAACUGAAGUGGGUGCAGUGUGACGUAGGCAAAGGUAUCAAGAGGGAGAGAUUAAUCUCUAUCUCAGCAGAUGGCCGAAUAACCCAGUGGCUUAUACAGGAGGGACUAGGUGGCAUUGAUCUGAUGAAAAUAAAACGAACAAGAAAAAAGAAGAAAAACUUACCAAGUGAGAAAGAAAGGGAAAGUGAAACUCCUAUAUCCCAAUGGGCAGCUGGGAUGUGCUUUGACUUCCAUCCGAAGGACACUUAUCUUUAUCUUGCUGGAACAGAAGAGGGUCUCAUUCACAAAUGUUCACGUUCAUUCAAUAAGCAGUUUCUAAAGACAUACAGAGGACACAAGGGCCCUGUGUACAAAGUCGCCUGGAACCCAUUCAUCACUGACAUGUUCCUGAGUUGCUCUGCAGACUGGAGCGUUAUUUUAUGGCACCAGAACUCACAGACUCCCAUUUUAACUUUCACUUCCACCACUACUGUUGUUCAUGACAUCAUGUGGUCUCCAAAAUCAACCUUCAUAUUUGCAGCAGCUAGUGAAAGCAAAGUAGAAAUCUGGGACCUUAGCAUCAGCAUCUUGCACCCUGCGAUCACUCGCUUUGCCAACCCAGAAGCAAAAUUCACAUCUGUACUCUUUGCUAAGAACACCGACUGCCUUCUGAUGGGAGACAGCAGAGGAGAAGUCGGUGUGUUUGAGCUGCAGAACCUGGCUGCUUCCAGCUGCACUGAGGUUGAUGCCUUGCGUGAUGUAAUCGGUCCCGCUCUAUUCCCAGUAGAUAAAUGAUAGCACUUCUCACCUGCCCAACAGUAGGAAAGAUUUUUCUAUCAUUAUCAUGAGCCGUUCAGUGCUCUUAAUUUGUGGACUGGUUAGAAAUAUCUUCUAAAUGCCUCGUGUUUUCCACAGGAAGUCCCCCUUGCUGGAUGAUCAGUGUUGUAUCAGUGCACAGAUGAGGCCAUAGAAAGGCCCCAUUAAAGGCUUUUCUCCUUGGGUUACUCAAAACCAACCAACCAAACAAAACCAACCCCAAACCAGAAGUGCCCCAAGUCACCUCCUGCAUAGGCCACUCUACCAGGAACCAGAGUGUGCCCUAAAUCCAUCUAAAGUCCUACAAUAUGGCUGUCUGUCAUCCAUAUCUCCCCUUAUGAAACUGUACAGUGAAUGAAUGGACUUCUCAUCAGGUCCUUCUUGUCUGCCCUCCCAUAAACUGCAGCUGAGUGUGAGAGCUGAGCUUUGGCAGGCACUGAGUGCUCCCAUGACCUGCAGAUUGCCCCAGCUGGGAAGAAUUAGGGACCAGCUUUUUCAGCCUGACAAAUCUGAAUAACCUCACAGCCUAAUGGACUCCUGCAGCUCUAGAAGGCAGAUCUCUGCUUUGGGAGACCUCUCUGCUGAACAACACGGGAAGGAUGAGCACAUA